AUGAAGGUGUCAAGCUUGUUAAAUGGAAAAUUUUGGUGUAUACCUACUGAGCUACAACAUCUCUUGCCCUUGUCUUGUUUACCAGAAAUUGGUAACGGUGAAGAUCAGAUGAUAUGGACUGGGCACAUUAGUGGGAAAUUUGUAACUUCAGCUGCAGUAGAGAGAUUCGGAGAAAAAGAACGAAAGCUGGUAUGGUCUGAUCACCUUUGGAAAUCUUUCUUGCAUCAUAGUAUAGCUAGCAAUGUUUGGAAGCUACAACAAGGUGUGUACAUGGAUGAUGAAGAAAUGAUCAAAUUUGGCUAUGACAUGGUGUAUAGAUGUUGCAUGUGUCAAGAGAAAGUGGAUAAUGUGACUCAUACACUCUGGCAGUGCAAGUUUAGUUUGGAGAUAUGGUCUUGGCUUGAAUCAAUUUUUGGUUUUCAAAAACCACAAUCUUUUGAAGACAUUUGUGCAUCUGCUAAGAAUAAAAGCCCAAUUAUAAAGGAAAACCGGAUGACUGCAUCCUGUGAAACAAUGAAAGAUCCGUGGUUUCAAAGAAACAAACAACUGUUUGAGGAAAUUAAACCAAACUGUAAUGCAUUUAAAUGCAGGAUUUACAAGGCAGUACAAGAAGGUAGCUACAGGAUGAAAUGCAACAAAUGGAAUCAAGAAUAUGAUUCUCAAGUUCUGGCAUACUUCAAAAUUGGUGACAGGAAAAUAAAAUUUAAUUGUAUCAAAGAGAUUUUCUGGACAGCUCCUGCAACUGAUUUUCUACUUUGUUGUGCUGGAAUAUCUUUUGGAGACCCAGGAAAAGCUGGUGUUGGAGUCAUUGCUAGAGAUUGCAGUAGUCAAGUAAUUGGGACACUCACAGGUGGUAUGGGUGUGGCUCUUACUUCCAUUGCUGCUGAAUAUGUUAUAUUAUGUGCUCUUGAAUGGGCUGCUCAAGUGGAACUCACCAAGGUAAUCAUUCAGUCGAACUCAUUUACUUCCAUAGAAAGGAUCAAAAGAGGUGAUAUACUCUGGUACAUAAAAAUAAGAUGGUUAUCAGUGAUUGAAAGGAUUGAGGAAGUGAAAUUAGCACAUUGCAUAAAGGAAAUAAAUUUUUCAGCUUUCACAUUGGCAUCAAAUGGAGUACACUUGAAAGCAGGAGAAAGAACCAUUCACAUAGGAAGACCCCCUUCUCUAAAGAGGAUAGAACUGCCAAGAGUAGCAUAUUUCUGUUUAUGCUAA